UCGAGAGAGAGAGAGAGAGAGAGAGAGAGAGAGAGGGCAGCCUUUUUACAAGUCGAACACCAGCACAACCCUCACUCACUCAAGAGUUCACACAGAAAGAAAGAGAGAGACACACAAACACACAAAACAAAACGCACAAAUACAUACUUAGAGAGACAGAGGGAGAGAGCUAUGGCGAGUGCAGCAGAGGUUGAGGCAGUGGAUUUCGAGCCAGAGGAUGACGACCUCAUGGACGAGGACGGAGGCAUCGCCGAUGCCGCCUUAGACGCCUCCGCCUCGCCGCGGGCCCCACUCCACCAGCAACAGCAGCCGAAGCUCAAGUCCGCCAUAACGGGCGGCGCCUCUUCCUCCGCCUCUGCAGCCGCUGCUGCUGCGGCCGCCGCCGCAGCUAGGAAGACCAAAGGGCGUGGGUUCCGUGACGACCACCACCCCGAAUCGGCCGACCGGUCUUCGAGACUCGCCAACUCCAACUUCGACUCCCUCAAGUCCGGGGAUGGCCCUGGUCCUCAACGAUCCGUUGAAGGAUGGAUUAUUCUGGUCACUGGAGUGCAUGAAGAGGCACAGGAGGAUGAUCUGCAAAAUUCUUUUGGUGAGUUUGGGGAGAUCAAGAAUCUGCAUUUAAAUCUUGAUCGCCGCACAGGGUUUGUCAAGGGGUAUGCCCUGAUUGAAUACGAGAACUUUGAGGAAGCACAGAAUGCUAUAUCCUCAAUGAAUGGGGCUGAACUUCUUACGCAAACUAUCAGCGUUGACUGGGCUUUCAGCAGUGGUUCCUCUGCUAAUGGAACGAUGAAAAGAAAGAAUACAAGGCCACCCAGAGAACGUCGUUCAAGGAGUCCAAGGAGGAGAUACUAGUGUGGUUUGUCUUGUUCCAUCGUGAGGGUGUGUGAAAUAGCUAUGAGGAGACUGAUGUUUAUGUUGGUUAUGCUAAUGAAGAUUCUUGUUGAGGCUUUGGUUAACUCAGUUUAUGAAUUUGUUUGGUUCCUUGAGGACCCCUCACUUUUCUCCCUUGUAUGGUCUUUUAAUUGAUGGUUUACAUUUAAUUAUUGUAGAUUUGCGUUUUGAUAACUGACAAUGCUGUUCCUAUUAGGAUCCUUGUUAAUUAAUUGUAGUGAUCUUUGUUUUAA